AUGAAAGUCUCUACACUUCUCGGUCUGCUUCCCAGCGCUGUACUAGCGUCUGAUGUCUUGAGUGUUGCUUUCUUUGCAAAGGAGAGGAGCCAAUUGCUCGACUUCAUUUCUACCAAUCACGAUAUCGAUUAUGGAUGCCGUCCGGUUGUUAUGCCGGCUGGAGGCGAGCAUAAGCUACACGCCGUUGUUUCUGAAGAGCACUACCAUCGCCUGAAGAGAAGCAUCGACGCCGAUGUCGUCCGCGUCGAGACUCUGGAUCACAUCAACAAGCGACAGGCCGCUACUGCUCCCAUCGGAAAGGGCGACCGGUUCAAGGGCGGCAAAGUCGCCCCGCGUGGUCUCGGAUCUCGAAAAUCCAGCGAGUACGCGGAGCUUCAGAGCGCUGGCAUCUUGAAUGCGGACGAAGUUUACACAGCAAUGAGGGGGCUGGAGAAAGAGUAUGGUCUGACACUGUUUGAAGCACCUUACAAGACUUUCGAGGGUAACACAGUCAUUGGUGGCGUUGCAAACAAGGCCCAAAAGAUCAAGAAGAACAAGCAGUACAUCUAUUUCUCCUCCGGAAUUCACGCUCGUGAACGAGGUGGCCCAGACAACCUCAUCUACUUCAUCUCGGAUCUGCUCUAUGCGAAUGAGCACCGAACUGGCCUUACCUAUGGCAACAAGACAUACACAAACUCGCAAGUCAAGAAGGCGCUAGGUGCGGGCAUUGUCUUCACCCCAAUGACCAACCCGGAUGGAGUACGUCACGACCAAGCAAAUAGCAACCUCUGGCGCAAGAACCGCAACCCAGCAAGCUCCACUCCCGGUGUCCCCCUUUCUGUUGGCGUGGAUCUCAACCGUAACUUUGACUUCAUGUGGAACUUCACCCAAUACUUCAACAACACAGUCUCGCCUGCGUCCACCAACGCCUCAUCCCAGGCAUUCUACGGCACUGCUCCCUUCUCUGAGCCUGAGACCCAAAACAUGCGCUGGAUAUACGAUGAGUUCCCGGGAAUCCACUGGUUUAUCGACAUUCACUCUGCCGCAGGCACAUUACUGUACUCAUGGGGUGACGACAUCAACCAGUCCCACGACCCGAAGCAAAACCUGUUCAACCCUGAGUACGACGGUAAGCGCGGUGUUGUAGAAGAUGAGCUGUACAAGGAGUACAUUGACCAAGAGGACUGGGACAACAUCAGCCUCCAGGCCAAUGCCACCACUGCUGCAAUGAACGCUGUUGGUGGACGCGAGUACAUUCCCCAGCAGGCUGUUGGUCUCUACCCCACUUCUGGUGCCAGCGAUGAUUAUGCGUUCAGCAGAUGGCAUAAAAACAAGAAUGUCACCAAGGUCUACGGGUACACCAUGGAGUUCGGCUACCCGACGAACUUCUACCCGACGAGUGAGGAGUACAUCCAGAACAUCAUUGAUACGAACGCGGGCUUCAUGGAGUUCAUCCUCACAGCUGACGAGGUUGGUCUCAAGGGCUGA